CGAUACUCCGAGUACCUCCUCUACGCAUCCUCACCGCCGAGAUCGCCUUUCACUUUACCAUUUGAUUUUUCGACUCCCACGACGCGUGCCACAUCGACUGCUCGACGCGCUCGCUAGUAAACAGACGCAUGUCGCUGUCGCUCGCCGGGUGAAGCGCGGUCCGUACCGCAUCUGGGGCAUAAUAGCUGGGGCACAGUGAGAUAAGGCAGCAAACAUGGCCGGACAGACGCUGCCGACGCGGUUUCCGUGUUGGUGCAAAGCCGUGUACUCGUGGGGGGGCGAGACAAAGCGCGAUCUCGGCUUCAUAGAAGGCGAUCUGAUCGAGGUCCUCAAUGCCGGCGAUGGAUCCUGGUGGAUGGGGCGGCUGAAGCGCGACAGGCGCAUGGUUGGGCUGUUUCCAAGCAACUUCGUCGAGUUGCUCGGUGAAGACUACCAGCCAUGGAGUGGGAGUCGCAAUGGCAGCUCUGAGACGGUGUCGCGACAGAACAGCGCGCAGGCACAGGCAAAGCCAGUACCACAGAAGCAGAAGAGCAUGUUCAGGAAGCCCUUCACGGCUUAUGCAGCUGCAGGUGCCCCGAACCCGGCUGCAGCGGCGCGCGAGAGGCUGCGGGCGGGGGCAACGCCCCAGCCCGCGAAGACGACAAAACCGUUCUCGUCUAUGAAGAGAGACUCGACUGAGAGCCGUGAGAGCGCCUCACCUGCACCAGCGCCAAGAGCGCCCUCCAACUUGCGCGCCGUAUCGCCCCGUCCAGCUACAAAACGACCAGCGACUUCGCCUGCGAACGCGAAUACCAACAGACACGGCUCUCAUGCUCGCACAAACUCGCACCAGCCUCAGCCAUCGUACCAAACACACGCCUCGAGAGCUGUGUCGCCGGCACCGCCGCCAUCGAGACAGGGCUCGCAUACGCGUGCAUACCAACAACCCUCGAGGGCAGUCUCACCAGCACCGCCCAGAGCCGUUUCACCAGCGCCUCCACGACAGCAGUACCAGCCUCGAGCAGUGUCGCCAGCUCCUCCUCCGCAGCAGUACCGGGCAUAUGACAGAGGGCCUUCGCCAUCGCCAUACUCCCGUUCCAUAUCUCCCGCCCCGCCGUCCAGACACGGGUCAUAUGCUCGUGGGCAUUCUCCUGCACCGCCAGCUCAGUAUCAGUACCAGCAAAGAGCAGUCUCACCGGCACCACCGCCGCAACAACAGUAUCACAGAGCAGUGUCUCCAGCACCACCAAGGCAGUAUCAGCCAAGGGCAGUGUCUCCUGCACCACCAUCGCAGUACCGCGCAUACGACCGAGGGCCCUCGCCAUCUCCAUACCAACGAGCCACAUCUCCUGCGCCAUCUUUCCAAGAUCGGUCUGUCUCUCGAGCAGUGUCACCCGCUCCAUCGUUCCAGCAACACUCGCGUGCUGCAUCUCCAGCACCUUCAUUCCAGUACCGUGCAUACGAUCGCGGUCCGUCGCCGUCCCCAUAUCAACAACAGUUGGAGAGUCGAAGUCCAUCACCCGCGCCGCCGCAGUUCCAAAACCAAUACGAUGACGAGGAAGAAGAUGAUGGCCCUCCUCCACCCCCACCGCCGCACCGUGUCGCAUACGAUCCGAAUCGAGCAGUCUCACCAGCACCACCUCCACAGGACCGCUUUACCACCCCCGAACCGCCUUCUCGAAACCCCCAGAAGUUUACUCCUUCGCCCCUCACAAACGCUAUGAACGACGUGAUGUCCUCGCUGCAAGAUAUGGCUUCACCGGAAGCAGAGACACCCUCGAAUCCUUGGUCUCCUGACGCAUUCGACCAGGUUCACCAGGCUUCGGCGAGGAUGGCUGGACUACAGACUGGUAACAGAAGUGGCAGCUGCAUGGGCGAGGAGGAUGACGAUGGUCCUGUUCAAGGCCCGCCAGAUGUGGAUGAUUACGUUAAGCGUAUGGAAAGCCGCCUGCGACGAAUGCAUCAGAUGGAGGCCAACAAGAAGAAGAAGGACGAGCUGUUCAUGGGUGGCAAGAGUACGCCUCCUCCAGUGCCUGCUAAGAACUCGCCAUAUCAGAGGCCAGGGCCUUCGCCGGUCAAAGCUAGCGCAGACGUCGAACGCAAGGAGUCUAGGACACUGCGCCAUCGCAAGUCUAUACACGAUCUUGGGAAGAAUCUGGGUAGAUCAUUCACCAGCAAGACCAACUCCACAACCACGACCGAGAGCACUAAUCGCAGCUUGAUGUCCGGGUACUCUGCUACAGCCAUGAGCUCCACUAGCGCUGGCAGCUACUACCGCAAGAAGUUUGCCAACGACAGGUCCCGAAGCGCGUUGGGAGACCGUUCAGCUGGCAAGGGCUUUGGAUUUGACGAUGGGCGACCAGAGACACCCUUCACUGGCGUUACAUACCACUCAAGCCAUGCCUCUCAAUCUCGACCCAGUUCGAGCGACCAGCAACAGCAGUCAACCCAGCCCAGCACACCUGGCGCAGAGAACCCGGAUCCUCUGGGUGGUCUGAUGCAACCUAAGGCAAGACGAAGUGGUUUCUUCCGCAAGAUGAUCGACUCCGCGAAGACGCAGGCAGCCAAUGCUCGCAGUACCAUGGAGACUAUCAGCAGACCAGCAUCUCGCGCAGCCAGCCGUGCUGCAAGCCGUGCAGCUAGCAGGGCAGGUAAUCGCAUGGAUACCGGCACUCCAGCAGGCUUUGCAGGUGGCUCGGCAGCUCAUCAGCCAACACCCAGCAGAGAUGGCGGACUUGGGACAACAGACUGGGUGCAAGUGCGCCGGGACGUCAAUCGCUCCAACUCAUUGAGCAAGAACGAGCGUAUCGAGAGAGCAGAGCGCUGCCAGAUGAUGGACUACCCUGCUCUCAACCCUGUUGAUAUCCUCAACGACUCUGUUGAAGGCGAUGAAGGUCUUGACGGUCUGCCAAUCGCUGAGCCUAUCGACUUUGCAGCAUGCAACUUGGCUCAUGUUGACAAGGGAACCCGCUUUAUUAACAGUAUCCCCAUGGGGACGACAUCGGCUGCACUAGCUCAAGGCUACGUCUGUCGGCCGUUCAGGAGCGAUGUCCAGCGUCUGCGAGCCAUCUUCACUUGGGUCAGCGAACGUAUUACCUGGGAAGAGGACUUCGAGGGCGAAAUGGACACCCGACACGUCCUUCAAAGCAAGCGGGGAUGCUCGCAGGAGAUUGCCAUGGUGGUUGCUGAGAUGUGCGCCUCUGUUGGACUCCACGCCGAGGUCGUUCGCGGUUACUUGAAAACCCCUGGAGAGCCUUUGGAUCUAGAGAGUGUCGCACGACCAAACCACUCCUGGAACGCUGUCAUCGUCGAUGGUGAAUGGCGUAUGAUGGAUUGCUCGCUCGCAGGACCAACGAACCCCAAGCGUGCACACUUCUCGAGUGCUGGAUCCCAGGUUGCUGAGAGCUGGUACUUCCUUGCUCGCCCACUCGAGAUCUGCUAUUCGCACGUUCCGCUCCUGCCUGAACAGCAGCAUAUUUGCCCGCCCCAGCCUCAUGACAUCCUCAUGGCCCUUCCGUGUGCGACGCCCACUUACUUCAAGCAUGGACUGAAGGUCGUCGACUUCGACACCAGCAUGCUAAACCUUGACAAUCUCGAGAUGGCACAUGUAUACGUCAACGUUCCCGAGGAUGUCGAGUGUGUCGCCGAAGUGGAAGCCAGAGCGUACUCGCAGGAUGUGGAUGGCGACUACUUUGAGAGCGGUGACUUCGUUCGCAAGCCAGCACUUGCACAGGCAGAGUGGGUUGGAGGCCAGAAGCGCUACACCGUCAAAGCGUUGCUGCCCGGAGACGAGGGCCACGGUGUGCUCAAGAUCUUUGCCGGGCCUCGUGGACUUAUGCACUCCAACAAGCAGAACCCGCACACCCUAGCCAUCGGUCUUCCAAUAACGCACACCGGCAGCAAUCCUCCGUACUCGUUCUUGACGCUCCAUCCAACACCCCACGCCCAGCGCCACGACCUGUACGUCGCACAACCGCAGUGCUCCAACCUCGUUCUCAACAACACGUUCGUCUUCUGUGUCCGCCAACACCCCUCCUCAACCACCCGCACCGAACCCGCCACACCCCUCACAGGCCGCGCAUCACCCAACCCCUUCGCGCGCCCUGCAUCAGCUAUGAGCAUGCAGUCCAUCUCCGCCACGGGGAGCAACUACACCAACCCUUCUCAAGCUUCAUCCGGAUCCUCGGGUAGCAGUGCGAUGAAGCCCGCCAAACUCGCCAUCCAGACCCCGAGCGGUAAGAUCAUCAGACUGACAAGGAAGAGCGAACACGUCAGUGUGCUCAACGACGCCGACGGGACGGCGUGGGAGACGGUUAUCAAGAUUGGAGAGAAGGGGACUUGGAGGGGAUUGGUGUUGGCGGAUCGGAGCGCGAGGUGGGUGUGUGAGAGCCGCAAGGAAGACCACCAGCCCCACCAAACACUCAUCAUCCCACCACAACUUUUCAGCGUGGAGGCCUUCACACCAUUCACACUCAUCAUGGACGCCCAAAUUGCCGAGUGGCAGACCCGUGCGGAGGCGCUCAAGCCCCUCAACUUGAAGGCCAUUGAGCCCAAUCUGCAAGAGCUUGACGCCCACCUCACCCUCCGCUCGCACAUUGUAGGCUACACGCUCACCGAUGCCGACACCACCGUCUGGAAGACACUGCGCGAGAACCGCGUCGCACACGCUUUCGUCAAGCAGAACUUGAUGCCCAACCUGUGCAGGUGGUUCAGAUAUAUCGAGGAGGCAUACCCCCAGUCUGUUGUGCUGGCUGAGAGGCCAAAGGAGGCUACCAAGGGCGGGAGGGGCAAGAAGGAGGGCGCGAAUGAUGAUGCCAACUACGAUAUUGGUCUGCAGGAUGUCGGUGAUGGGACGGGGAUUGUUACAAGGUUCCCCCCUGAGCCUUCAGGCUACCUCCACAUCGGACACGCAAAGGCCGCCCUUCUGAACGACUACUUCGCCCACACCAAGUACAAGGGCAAGCUCAUCCUCCGAUUCGACGACACGAACCCCAGCAAGGAGAAGGAGGAGUUCCAGGACUCGAUCGUUGAGGACUGCGCUCUUCUCGGUAUCAAGCCCGACCAGGUGUCCUACACCAGUGACUGGUUUGACCAGCUCUACGAGAGGGCCGUCCAGGCCAUCAAGGAUGGUCUGGCCUACGCAGAUGACACAGCGCAGGAAAAGAUGCGCGCCGAGCGCAUGGACGGCAUUGCCAGCGAGCGCCGCAACAUGAGCGUCGAGGAGACCUUGGCCAAGUUCGAGGAGAUGAAGAAGGGUACCGAGGAGGGCACAAGGUGGUGCAUCCGCGCGAAGAUGUCGGUCGACAACCCGAACAAGGCCAUGCGCGACCCCGUCAUCUACCGAUGCAACCCCGAGGACCACCACCGUACCGGCUCCAAGUGGAAGAUGUACCCCACAUACGACUUCUGUUGCCCCAUCGUCGAUUCGCUCGAGGGCGUCACACACGCUCUGCGUACCACUGAGUACAACGACCGUGAUGCUCAGUACCAGUGGUUCAUCACCGAGCUCAAGCUCCGCAAGGUUCACAACUGGGGUUUCGCACGUCUGAACUUCGUCCGCACCGUCUUGUCGAAGCGCAAGCUGACCAAGAUCGUCGAUGCUGGCUACGUUUGGGGCUGGGACGACCCGCGCAUGCCCACGGUCCGUGGUGUCCGCCGCCGCGGUGCUGUCAUCCCUGCUCUCCAGGAGUUCAUCUUGAAGCAGGGUCCUUCCAAGAACAUUGUCAACCUCGACUGGUACUCCUUCUGGGCCACCAACAAGAAGCACAUCGAGCCCACCGCCGCGCGCUACAUCGCCAUCGACGAAGACGCCAAGGUCCCCGUUACCGUCGUCGGUGCACGCGAGGGCGUCCUCAGCGAGGACAAGCCGAAGCACGCCAAGUACGACCUCGGCACUAAGAAGGUCGUCUUCAGCAAGGACAUCCUUAUGGAGCAGGCCGACGCCCAGUCGUUCGCCCAAGACGAGGAGAUCACGCUGAUGAACUGGGGUAACGCCAUCGUCCGCAAGAUCUCGCACUCCAUCAACCCCCUCUCCAAGGACGGCUUCAAGACUGUCACCGGCCUUGAGCUCGAGCUACACUUGCAGGGCGACGUCAAGAAGACCUCGAAGAAGGUUACUUGGCUGUCCAAGGACCAGGAGCUCAUCCCCAUCGAGUUGGUGGACUUCGACUACCUCAUUUCCAAGGAUAAGCUUGAGCCUGAGGAUACACUCGAGGAUUUCCUUAAUAAGAAGACGGAGACUAGGGUCAAGGCUGUUGCGGACUGCAACGCUGCCGAAUUGAAGGUGGAUGAUAUUAUUCAGUUUGAUCGCAAGGGCUUCUUCAGGAUCGACAAGGCUUUCGCACACGGCCAGCCGAUUGUUGCGUUCCAGGUGCCCACUGGUAAGGCGAAAUAGAUGGAUCACGAGUAGACGCACGUACAGUCGCACAACCCAGUCAAAUGAGACCAAGAUAAAGACACAUCAAAUCACUGUCAGGGUGCAACCCCUUUCUUACAAUUCUGUGUAGCAAAGCCCCCCAGUAUGUGCUACAAGCCAUCUAUUCCCAAUUUUUCCCCAAGUCCCAGUCACAGUCCGCAAACGAAGUCAACCUCGGGCACCAAACAUACUCAAGGAAGGCCGAGCCUGAACGUGGUACGAGAUCUAUUUCCUGCGAACCGCACCGCGCAAGCCGUCUAGGCGAUGCAGUACCAGCUCCGACUCUCCACGAUGUCGGUCAACUGGCUGGUCUUGCCUGACCAGCUGAUCUUGCC